AACUGUGUCUUCUCUGGAGCCAAGUCCUGGUCUGGCUGCAACAGCGCCAGGCCCCUGAAACCUCAGACACCUCCUGGCAACGGGGUGGCAUGGCUGGGCGACUGGAAAGCCUGCAAGUUGAAUGCCAGUGACAGACACGUUCUGAUGUGUGGGGGAUGGAAGGCAGAGCCGUGGCUGGGUGGCCUGUGGCUCUCUGACCUUGAUGCUGCACUCUCUCCAUAGCGGGAGUGCAUAUCCGUCCACGUGGGCCAAGCGGGAGUUCAGAUUGGCAAUGCCUGCUGGGAGCUCUUCUGCUUGGAACACGGCAUCCAGGCAGAUGGCACCUUUGAUGCUCAAGCCAGCAAGAUCAACGAUGAUGACUCCUUCACCACCUUUUUCAGCGAGACUGGCAACGGGAAGCACGUGCCCCGGGCUGUCAUGAUAGAUUUGGAACCUACUGUAGUGGAUGAGGUUCGGGCAGGAACUUACCGCCAGCUUUUCCAUCCCGAGCAGCUGAUCACUGGAAAGGAGGAUGCAGCUAACAACUAUGCCCGGGGUCACUACACAGUGGGCAAGGAGAGCAUCGACCUGGUGCUGGACCGCAUACGGAAGCUGACAGACGCUUGCUCUGGCUUGCAGGGCUUCCUGAUCUUCCACAGUUUUGGCGGGGGCACCGGCUCUGGCUUCACGUCCCUGCUGAUGGAACGCCUCUCCCUGGAUUAUGGCAAGAAGUCCAAGCUGGAGUUUGCCAUCUACCCGGCCCCCCAGGUCUCGACCGCGGUUGUUGAGCCCUACAACUCCAUCCUGACCACCCACACCACCCUGGAACAUUCCGAUUGCGCUUUCAUGGUGGAUAAUGAAGCCAUCUAUGACAUCUGCCGCAGGAACCUGGACAUCGAGCGCCCCACCUACACCAACCUCAACCGCCUCAUCAGCCAGAUCGUGUCCUCCAUCACCGCUUCCCUCCGCUUUGACGGGGCGCUCAACGUGGACCUCACUGAGUUCCAGACCAACCUGGUGCCCUACCCCCGCAUCCACUUCCCGCUGGUCACCUACGCGCCCAUCAUCUCCGCCGAGAAAGCCUACCACGAACAGCUCUCCGUGGCCGAGAUAACCAGCUCCUGUUUUGAGCCCAACAGCCAGAUGGUGAAGUGCGACCCGAGACACGGCAAGUACAUGGCCUGCUGUAUGCUCUACCGGGGGGACGUGGUGCCCAAGGAUGUGAAUGUCGCCAUUGCCGCCAUCAAGACCAAGAGGACCAUCCAGUUCGUGGAUUGGUGUCCCACAGGCUUCAAGGUGGGCAUCAACUACCAGCCACCCACCGUGGUGCCCGGAGGGGACCUGGCCAAGGUCCAGCGGGCCGUGUGCAUGCUGAGCAACACCACAGCGAUCGCGGAGGCCUGGGCCCGCCUCGACCACAAGUUUGACCUCAUGUACGCCAAGCGGGCCUUUGUGCAUUGGUAUGUUGGCGAGGGAAUGGAAGAAGGAGAAUUUUCUGAGGCCAGGGAGGACCUGGCCGCCCUGGAGAAGGAUUACGAAGAAGUGGGGACCGACUCCUUUGAAGAAGAAAACGAAGGGGAGGAGUUUUAAAUACACGCCUUCCCCUUG